AUGGAGAUCAAUGGAAACAAGAAAUCUGAGAGUGGGGAGAAUGAACUAAUUGAUAUUCAUCACGUGGUGGCCGCAGAUGUGAUUACAGGAGCCAACAAGGGCAUCGGCCUCGAGACUGCCCGGCAGCUCGCGAUGAUCGGAGUGACGGUUGUGCUGACGGCGAGAGAUGAGAAGAGGGGCGUGGAGGCUGCAGCAUCACUCCAGGAGAUGGGCUUGUGCAAUGUGGUUUUCCAUCAGCUAGAUGUUCUAGACCCUCAUAGCAUAGCAUCCCUGGCCAAGUUCAUAGAAGGCCAUUUUGGGAGGCUUGAUAUCUUGAUAAACAAUGCUGGAACUUUGGAAGUGAGAGUCGACGAGGAUGCCCUGAGGGACCUAAAGAUGGAUCCUGCAACCUGGCUCUCAGGCAAGGCAGCCAACUUGGUUAAAGGAGUAAUCAGAACAACCAAAGAGAAGGCAAAGGAAUGCUUGAACACCAACUACCACGGUUGCAAGAGAGUAACAGAGGCUCUUCUUCCACUGCUAAAGCUUUCCACUUCUGGAGCAAAUAUAGUCAACAUCUCUUCCCUUCGCGGUGAACUAAGACACAUUCCUAGCGAGCAGAUCAGGAAAGUACUUGGAGGUAUAGACACUCUGGAUGAAGAGAAAAUUGACGGGAUGCUAGAAAGAUUUUUGAAAGAUGUGGAGCAAGGUGCACUUGAAGCUAAUGGAUGGCCGAAUAUGCUUCCAGCUUACAGCAUAUCCAAGGCCACACUAAAUGCCUAUACAAGAUUUCUUGCCAACAAGUACCCUAACAUGCGAAUAAAUUGUGUCCAUCCUGGAUAUGUUAGAACGGAUCUCAAUUGGAAUACAGGAACAAUGACAGUGGAAGAGGGAGCAAAAGGUCCAGUUAUGUUGGCUCUCCUACCUGAGGGAGGACCAACUGGUUGUUAUUUCGAUCAGAUAGAAAAGGCCGAGUUUUGA